AAAACUUAGGGUUUUCGAUUUUCCAUCUUCUUGUGUAAUGGAUAGAUACGAGAGAGUCGUUAAACCGAAACCAGAGUCUCCGAUUAACGAGAAUGAGAUCCGUAUCACCAGUAAAGGCCUUAUCCGAAACUACAUCAGUUAUGCCACCACUCUUCUUCAGGAGAAAAAUGUGAAAGACAUUGUGUUGAAGGCAAUGGGGCAGGCAAUCAGCAAGACGGUGGCCAUCUCUGAGAUACUAAAGAAUAAAAUUCCAGGUUUGCAUCAAGAUAUUGCAAUCAGUUCUAUGAGCAUUACUGAUCUCUGGGAGCCUACUGAGGAGGGUCUUUUUCCGGUGGAGUUGACUCGCCAUGUUUCCAUGAUUUCAAUCACAUUGUCAUUGACUGAGCUAAAUAAAGAUUCUCCUGGGUAUCAAGCUCCAGCACAAACAGAUCAGUCUAAGCCUCAAUAUCAGCCCCAACAAGGGAGACAAGCCCGCCUGCCAUACAAUGCUUAUGGUGAAGAUUCUAAUGGUCGAGGGAGAGGUCGUGGCAGAGGGAGAGGCAGGGGAAGAGGUGGAUAUGGAAACUACCAAGGGGGAUAUGAAGGAAAAGAUCAAGGGAACUAUCAAGAAGAUUAUCAAGAUAAUGAAGGCGGGUAUCCAAACUGGGGUAGAGGCCGUGGACGUGGUGGACGAAGCUAUGGCCAUCGUGGUACUGGAUAUCAGGGUGGCAGAGGCGGGUAUGGUGGUGGGAGAGAUGGCGGAUAUGGUGAUGGGAGAGAUGGCGGGUAUGGGGGAGGGAGAGAUGACGGAUAUGGCGGAGGGAGAAAUGAUAGGUAUGGUGGCGGAAGGGACGACGGGUAUGGUGGAGGGAGAAACGAUGGGUAUGGUGGAGGCAGAAACGACGGGUAUGGUGGAGGGAGAGAUGAUGGAUAUGGUGGAGGCAGAAAUGAUGGGUAUGGGGGAAGAAGAGGCGGAUUUCGAGGCGGUCGUGGUGGAGGCAGAGAUGAAGGAUAUGGUGGAGGCCGAGGUGGGUAUGGUGGUAGAGGUGGAGGCCGAGGUGACGGGUAUGGUGGAGGAAGAGGUGAUGGGUAUGGUGGUAGAGGUGGAGGCCGAGGUGACGGGUAUGGUGGCGGCAGAGGUGAUGGUUAUGGAGGUGGCGGCAGAGGUGAUGAUUAUGGAGGUGGCCGAGGUGAUGGGUAUGGUGGCAGCAGAGGUGAUGGUUAUGGAGGUGGCCGAGGCGGAUACCGUGGAGGUAGAGGUGGAUAUGGUCGUGGACGUGGAAGGAUGGGUACUGGUGGUCGUUCAAGGGGUGGUGCUAGUAACCAAAACGAAGCCUAAGCUGUUUUGAUAUCCCAUUUUCUAAGCUAUAUGGGUGAUUUGCUGCUUAUUUUUCCGUUGCCUAAAAGACCCUUAAAAUUCUUAGCACAAUCUACCGACCACUCCCAAGGGUUUUGAUAUGUUUUUAAAAGGUUAUGGUUAAAGUAUGUGAUCUUCGGAGGACGGUUCUGUAAAACUCCCUUUUGGUAAUUUCCAUAUCCAAGCCUAAGGGAGUUCAAGGAAGGGGUUUUGUUUUGUUCUCUUUACCUUUCUUCUGCACAAAUUUAGCUAAGUACAAAAUCAGCUUAUGUUGCAUCUUGUAAUUAAUUAUGGCUAUCUUU